CCGUCCCAGCGCCCAAUUUGCUCUCUCUCUUUUUUGAAGGACUCUAAAUCUUGCACUCCCAGGUGGCUGUUCUUGGAGUGAUGAUCAGUAAAGGCAAGUAAGUUGCAGAAUCGAACGUGAUUAGUCUGAUUGAGCAGGUUAUCAAUCAAUUGCUUAAAUAGUGAAUUGGAUGCUAUAAUGGCUGAUGGAGAUGUCAAAUUGCAGCGGAAAAUGCAGAAAGUGGUCCUCGUCUUCGCCAUCCCCGUCCUCCUUGGCUUGAGUUGAGUGAGUCCCUUCCCAACACGAGAGCACCGUACCCCGGGAACGCCGGAGCUGCGAAGAGAGUGCGUGGGGUCAUAAUUUGAUAAAGCAGCGCGGGGAAUGGCGGCCAAUCCAGACAAACAGGUACCGGGAUUGGACGACAGGAUCAAGUACGAGUCUUGGGAUUGUCACCAUGAUAUUUCUAUUCACCUGCGCACCAAGAGCAGGAACCUCCAAUCAAGAAACGACAAACUCAGCUUCUUUACUUCUCUAUCCGAAGCUUUGCAUGUUCAGAAUCCACUGGCCGACCCAGAUGUCGUGCAUUAUUUAGAUGACCUCUACGACAGUGUCAAAUCCCAGUUGCUCCAUCUCCUGGAAGUAAAUAGAGCUGUAUCACCCGAUGUGUCUGAUGAUAAUGAUGAUCAUGUGCCGUAUAAGUUUUUCUUGGAUCAUCUCAGGCUGGACGGAAAAUCUUAUGCGCUUGUCAUCCCGGAAGACGGUGUCUAUAUUAAAUACGAAGCGGAGGAACCAGAGGAUUCUACAUUACCAACUACAACACGCUCUGAGUCGAACCUUGAUGAUCGGACCCGUCUUAUUUCUAUCGAUACUAAUUUGAACUCUGAGGCAGAGCAGCUUCGUAAAUCACCAGGUAGGAAACAAAAGCAACCUCUUCAAACGAUUGUGGAUCCAAAGGCGACGACGCGCAGGGGUAGGAAACCAAAACAACCUCUCGCCCUUAGCACCGAUGUUCGAUCGAACGUGGAUUUGGAAGUGAAAGAAGAAGAAGAUGAAGACGACCAUCUGCCUGACUUAAAAAGGCCCCUCAUAAAGCAACCAGAACCUGUUGUGAAUGUGGAUCGGUGGUGGGAGAAACAAAAAGCCCGUGCACGGAAACACACAGCAUUUAGAGAUAAGCUCAUGGGUGAUCUCAGGAGGCCUUACUCCGAGGACGAGUACCGGAUGCUUCUUAAACAACUUAGUGAAAAGAAACCAGUGAAAAGCCAAAGAGUUUUGCGUUCGUGCACAAAAAGCUAUGACGACGACACUCGUCCUCCAAAGUCUAUUCUUGAUUACCAUGCGGAUCUUGCAAAGAGAAUAGAUUCAGUUCGUGAUGAUCAUCCCGAGUUCUGA